AUGUCAGGUUUCGAAUUCGUCGUGUCACAAUUUGAAGUACGACUUAAGACCCAGGAAGAAGGCAUCGAGAGUAUGACGGUUACAACCCUACAUGGUCAGCUUUUGGUCGUGAAUGUAAAGGUGCAUGCGAACUGCUACAGAUGCAGAUGUCUUGAUGGUGCUAAACCACUCUGUCGGUCUAAUGCCCAAAUAUACUUUGUUCUGCUACCUGCAAAACACAAGGCUGGACUUUCCACCGUAGGUACUCGGGUAUUACUCACCAGUCCCGACUUAAACUACCUUCAUGCAUCCAAUCAUAUGGUGCAUCCGAUCGAUAAUGCCACUUGGCCUCACACUUUUGGGGGUGUAGCAACCCUGGCAAGCGACGGCAGCUGGCAGGAUAGCGAGGAUCACGCAACUGUUUGCAAUCACUAUGAGCCAGUCCAUCUCCGUGCUUCCAUCGCAAUGACGUCUGAUGUGGCACUGAGACCAGCAACUUGUCUCAUCAAUAAGAUACCUAGCUAUUCUUACCCUCCUCUCUUGGAUGACCUGUUGGGUUGGUUUGACCUUCAACCCGUCAUGUUGUUCUCACUACGUAACGGCCAUCUGAAGUUUGAAUGA